GAUCAGAUCCUGUACAACAUAAAAGCUUCAAGUCGAUGGUGGUCACUGUCAGACAAUACUGUCGUUUAUCAGUCCAUUAAACCUCUCUCACCAUGCCAUUUAUCCAAUACGGAGACCACGCCGAAGCUCAUAUUAAAACAUACAACGACGUUGCCGGUGAUCAGAACAACAAAACUGACACAAACAACUCUUAUCAGAACAACGUUGGGAACACUACCACGACAGGGAAUAUAGAUUCGAAUAACGAUUCCUCCGUCACGCAGAUAACAAUAGAUGACAAUUAGUAUGCGGUGUGCCAUAAAUAAACUUGUCCCUGUGCGUUGAGAAACCCAUAUUAUUAGUAGCACGGCGUGUGUAGGCGGAGAUUGUGCAUGCCUAUUCGAUCCUGGUUCCUUGCAAUAUCAACCCAAUUGAUUGGUCUGGUUUUCAUAUAGUCGCUACUCGGGUGCCCCUAUCAUAGACGCUCUCGGUGCUUGUGUACCAGAAAUGUGAGAGUUAUUUAUGAUAGAUAUCUUCUUUCUGCUCCUCUGCACUCUGGCUGCGGACUCCUGAAGUGGGUAAAGAACAAUAAUUCCCAUAGUUAUCGGGCGUUUCAUCCAUAAGUAUAUCCGUGUCCAUACUCACCCAAGUUAUCGAUAUCUCACGGCCUGCGUUGAGUCUUUCUCUUUAGUGAAUUGGGGUAUCUGUGCUUACUCUUCUUUUAUCGUAUCUGAUCCUUUCCGACGUUGAUAUCUAUCUUUAGGCACUCAUGAAGUGAUCAUCGAUUAUCACUGGUCUGGUGAUUAGCCUUCUGAUGGAGAAUCCUGAUUAAAUUGUUAGCCUUUCAGGCUCCAACGCUGGCUGAACAGUGGUCACCCUAUUAUGUUGUACUGUACACUGACAACAACUCAGACUCGAUGGAUGCCUGAACAUUUUGAAUUUUCGAAUUAGCCGAACA